AUGAAAUUUCCAUAUUUGUGUGUUUUUUUGUUAUUUGCUUUUUCAGCAGUUCAGGCAAGUAUUUUAGUUUCAUCUUUGUUUAUCCCGUUAUAAAAAAUAAUGUUAAUUUACAAUAUUUUCAAAACAACGUACGUACAUAAUAUAAUAUAAUUUUUGUUUUUGAGUAGACUGCUCCUCAUAUAGAGGAACUCGAGAAGACAAUGGACAGUGUGUUCGAUUCUUUAUUUCAUAUAAUACGCAUCCCGUUCAUAAUAGUCGACAAAUAUACGCCGUUAACAACAGCGGUGUACGGUUUAUACGACAAAUUGCAACUGCUGACUGAAAAACUCAAUGAAGUAAUAAUAAUAAUCCAUGCUAAAUAAUAUUUAUUUGGAAAUUUAUUAUCUAAUAAGCACGAUCAUUAUAUAUUUUGUAGUAUAAUGACAAAAUUAAACUUCUUUAAACUGGAUAGGUUUUUAUUUUUGAAAAAUUUUAAUUAAGUAACUAGUCAAUUCAUAACAUUAAUUAAUAUAACUUACCAUGAGUCGUCUCAUAGAAUCUGGCAAUUCAACAUUUACCCACUUUGCAUGGUUUAUUCGAUUUGUAAUAAUGCAUACUCAGAUUUUCCGUUCUUACGACCAUUUAAAGGAGGUCGAAAUACCAAUACACACCAUCAACACACAAUAGUUCAACACGUGGGUCACAAGUGUGCAGGGCAUAUUAGUUUUAAAAUGAGAGAGGUUCGGUUACAUAAGUUUUGAAGACCGUAAUAUUUACGAUUUGAACAAAAUACAUUUCGUAAAUUUUCCCAUUUUCACUCACUUGUUAUGAAAAUUCAUGGAAAAAGUUACCUUAUUUUAAUCGUUUUGCAUAGAUUAUAUUAAUACACCUAUAAUAUAAUUAUUCAUAUUUUUUUGAUGUUAUAUUACAUAUGAUAGUCAUAAUAGUAAAUAGAUUUUUUUUUUUUUUUUUUAGAUUCUGAGUGGAGCGAAUAAAAUGUAUUGGGUUUUACAACGAUGUUUAUUUAUUUUUUAUGGAAAACUUUUUUAACAGAAAUUUUAUUCCGUUUUACAAUAACACAAGUUUUUUAAAGGAAAUCUGACGGGAUAGGUACUUUAGAAAGGUCAUUUUUUUGGUUUUCCUAGGAGUUUUCUCGAUGAAUGUGAGAAACGGGAGGAUAGGUGCAAUAUUAAACAAAUAUUAUUAUAGAAAAUAUAUAACGUUUAUGUAAUUGUAAUAAUUGUUUUAUCACAUUAAGUGAUCAGUGGUCACAUUAGUUUAAAUUAUAAUUUAUGGAUUAAAAGGAUAUCCCCCCCCUCACAAGAAGACAAAUAAAAUCCGACGAAUAAGAAAAGAUUGGCACGUGAUGUGUUUAAGUUAGUCACAAGAAAAGAGAUUUUGAUUAAAAUAUUUUGUUUUAAGAGCCUCAAUACUAAGCAAACACAAUUAUAACCAUUAUUUACAUUUUUUAUUGAAAAUGAAGUCCCUAAAGUAACUCCCCAGUCCUUUUUCUUUUCAGAAAAAGUGCUACAUUUUAAAAUCAGAACAAGAUUUGUGGCAGAAAAGUUGUUCACAGAUAAAAAAAUAAUGAGCAAAAUAAACAUCGUUGUGAAACAAAUACAUUCCUUGCUUCUCUCAGAAUCUAAAAUUUUUAGGAACAAAGAGAAAAUAAUUGAUUUUUGACUACUGGUGAAUCAAAAUGUCAUUUAAGGCGUUUGUAAAUUGUAAUUUGUUAAUACUAUAAAAAAAUUUAAAGAAAAUUAGUAUUAUUCUUUUGAAUUAAUUGUACAUCUGUAUGAAAAGUCAAAUAGUUUAAUUAUUUAUAAUUGUUUAAGAUGACGGAUGUAUCCUUAACAUUUAACGGGAAAAAAAUAAAACAUAAAUUACAAACAAUUAUUCCGUUGAUUACGAAACUCGGAAACGAACAGAAAGAAAAUAUACUUUCAUUCACAAAAGUUGCGUUUGAUAAAUUACCACUGAUGAUACAACUCAAAAUUUUACAGAGUGGACACAAUAUUGAUGCUCUCCUAAAGCAACUUCGGGUGAGUAAAAAAAUGUAUUUAUUAAACCUAUAAAAAAUUAUGUUCUAUGAAUAAAAAAUAGGAUGCCAAACUUGCAUUUUAUAACUGUUAAGAUUUUUAAACAUACAAAAGAAAAUUAACAGGCAAAACAUCAAAAAUGCAUUUUCGUACUUUCAUUAAUACUUGAGAUUGCUGCUUGUAUCAAUUUUAUUUCGGUAUCAAAAUAAACACGAGACAGGUCCGUGGAGUUAGCCGGAACUUGAAAAGCACUAAUUCCUGUUAUAUCAACAAGUUUUAGUGCUUAAUUAGUGCUUUCAGAAUAAUAUACAAAAACAAAAAUGUGUGCUCACUCCGAACCCGAGUUAUCGCUAUUGCUAAUUCUUAACUUGAGUCAUAGUAUUAGGUUUUUGCAAUCAUUUGACACGUUGACAAAAUUGAUGUGUUCAUGUAGAUAAUACCAUAAUUAAUGGUUUAUCAUUAUUGUUUAAUUAUCUAUAAAUACGGUUUUCUAAAUUAUAUUAUUUAUAAAUUAUCGUGUUUAGAUGGUUGUCGGGGUAUCGUACCCACGUUCCACGAUAAAAUUCGUAGUUACUUAGAUUAGGUAUACUUAGUGAUAUAAAUUUUCAAAAAAAUUGAAAGUUGACUUUUUUGAAAAUUUCAAAAAGUUGCGAAUGUUAUGAAAAUAUAAAUUGCUUUUUAAGUAAAUCCCUUGAUAUACAAAAUAAUCAAGAAUAUAAUGUAAGACUCUGAUUAUCUCGGAAAAUAUUACCUUUCUCGGAAUUUGUUUUUUAGAACAUUUAAUAAAUUGGUAGCUCUAAGGCCCAACGUAUACCAAUGCAGUUUGGUAGUUACGUUUUUACGACCCACCACUUGCAGUGAUAUAAUAAUAUAAUAAAUAAUAUAUGAAAGCGCUCAGCGCUGCAGCUGCAAUGUUGUGGGAAUAUGAUGGUGACGCGCCAUACGAAUCGGUCGUUGGUAGUGGCUUUGGUAAAUAUUUAAAAUCUCCAUAUUUUUUAUUUUUGAAAGAUCCUCGUGAUAUUCUGUAGAAGCUAUGAAACUUUUAAUCACACAAGGCAAGUACUUUUGCCAUUGAAAGGCAGUGGCGUACUUAAUCCUCUCUUACGGGAGGGGGGGACAUUCUUAAAAUAGACAAUUUCUUACAAAUAUAAAAAAUAUAACAAUGCGCACAUAUUGUCACAAAUAAUUAUACGGCCCACGAGAGGAGGGGCGAUUACCCCUUCGCCCCCCUCACAGGUUCGCCACUGCUGAAAUUUUCUAGGAAAUAUAGCAAUUUUUUCGUUGUAAAGAAGGACCCAAAUUUAUAACAAUUAUUAUAUUUAUUGUUAAUGAAUAAUAAGAGUAGCGUUAUAAUAUCUUCUUCAUAAAAACUUGCCAUACUUAAAAUAUUUAUUACUAGUAAUUUCAAAAUAUAAAUAAAUUAUUUAAAAAUUUAGCUUCAUAAAAAUCCACAAAUGUAUAUGGCGUUUAUGUUAUCACGGUAUUAUCUAUGCUGCUCAUUUACGCCAUGCAAGUGCUACACUGUCACACAGCAAUGGUAUGCGUCCUAAAUGCUUUUCACGGCGUUUUCGUCACUCCACUUUAUCGUCACACUACAACCUACCUAAAAUGUUACAACCAUCUUUUAUUUGUCAUCCUAGUACGAAAAUGCGUUUUUGAUAUGUUUGCUUUAGAGCCGAUCAAUGUAACUUCAGACGUCUUCUGAAUAGUUACUACUGAAUAUUAAUUUCAAUAUAAUUAUGUUAUUAUUAAUAGAAUUAUACGGAUUCAUUAAUCGACGAAAAUGGAAGUUUUCGAACAGACCCCGAUGAGAACACUGUUAUUGAAAAUUAA